UGUAAGCGAAUGCAUAUGUAGCCGCUAUAUUUACUGAACUUAUCAGAAAUAAUGACUACAAAUCUAAGCUACAAUCCCGAUGAAUUGGAGGUGCUGGAAUGGCUAAGCACGCAUUUCUUUACCGAAGUAUUGAUUCAGUCCGAGAAGGCUCCGGAGCUAGAGUUAAACGAUCUGAAAUUGUCGCCAGCAAGUGCGCAGGGGGAUCAUUAUGCUAGUGUCAUGUUCCGAGCUGUCGUAGAGUAUUCAACUGAUAAGGGAGUCACUACCAAGUCUCUGAUUGUCAAGACGAUGCCUGAACAGGGCGGCCUUAAGAAAAGAAUGGUGGAUGAGUCACACAUAUUCCAGACAGAGAUAGCCAUGUAUACAGAAGUUUUGCCCAAGUUUGAGGCGAUACUUCGAGAGGCUGGUGAAGAGACGACGCUCUAUGCGCCUUGCAUAUACCACAGCUUGGAGCCGCGGCAGGUGAUGAUCUUUGAGGAUCUGUUGCCUUUGGGAUACCAAGUGCUACGCAAUCGACUUGUCACCUUAGACGAACUACGUUGCGCUCUAGACAAGCUGGCCAAAUGGCAUGCAGUUAGCCACAAACUAUUAAAAGAAGAUCCGAAUUUCUUUGCAAAAUUACAAUACAAUAUCGCCACACUACCGAACUUCCUGAAUCAAAGCUUCAUAACCAAUGCUUUGCCUAACUUUAUUUACAUGCUUGAUGAAGUAGACAGCCUGAAAAGGUAUAAAAAGUAUUUCCAGGCUAUGCGUGCUAAUCUAGUUCAAAAUUGGGCAGAAACCUUAGACGAGUAUCGCCAAAGUCCCCGAGAUGAUUCGUAUUAUGUUCUAUGCCAUGGCGACUUUCAUAUUAGAAACUUGAUGUUCAAGGACAACAGCUGCAUGCUGAUAGACUUUCAACUGUCUCAUGUGGGCCCAAUGGUUAAUGACUUUCUUUAUGCGAUGUACAUGUUGUUUUCUGCUCAAGAACGUGGCAGCCAAAGAGACGAACUCAUCAAAUAUUAUUUAGAAAUAUUUCACAAAACGCUAACAAAGAUAGGUUACCACGGUAAGGCGCCCACAUUUGAGGAGUUCCAGAGCCAGAUGAUCGAUAAGAGAUUUAAUGAGUUUAUGUUGCUGACUACAUUUUUGCCCAUGCAAAUAGCUGCCAGGAAGAAUGCCAAUGAUCCUUUUCGACGACGUACGAGUAUGUACAAGGAUAAGGAUUACCAAGAGGAGGUGGAAUAUUUACUGGAGCGUAUGAAUAAUCUAGGCUACUUCAGUGAUAUGUCGGUGUGAUAUCCAUUGUAUUACCUUCAUUUAUUUGGAGAGAGAGAGAGAGAAUUACGUAAGAGCCAUUCAUGCCUAAGUGGUCUGGGGUGAAGUUCCUCAAGAGCGCUUAGUUAACAUAUUGUAGCUUCGAGAGGGCGCAUAUGUCAUGUGAUAUGUAUGUAUGUAUAUAUGUAUGUAUAUAUGUAUGUCAUGUAUAUGAUAUGUAUAAAUAUAUGUACACAGAUUAGCUGCAUAUGUCUAGUAUCUAUAUCGUAUACAUUUAUUCAUAACAUGCACAUAUGCAGUAUGUCCGAUCUUUCCAAAAAUGCAUCUUUAUAUAGAAAAUCAUUUGGAUUGUCAAAUGACAAAACUUUUCAGUCGAGUUGAAUAAGUGAGAGUCCAAUAGAAGGUGAAGAUUUGUAAAAUACAACUAAUUUUAUAAUCUAAAUUAAAUUAGAAAUUUG